AUGGAGCUGAGCAAAUCGCUUGAGGAGGCCAAGGACGCCGCUGUGACGGAGGAGGCUGUCGCGACGCCGCCCGCUGUCGACGGAGCCUCGGCUGACCGCCCGCUGUUCGACGAAUUUUACGACGACUGGGCGUCGUUCGACGCUGCCAUUGCGCGCGCAACGGCGGCGUACCACCCGAUCCGCAAGCGCUCGUCGCUGACCUUUGAAGUGUACAACCGCACAGUUUCCAAAGGCAAGCACGAUCGCAAAAACAUAGCCGAGUUCUUGUCUAAGACUUUUAAAUGCACACACGGCAUCAAGUUUCGCUCGCGAGGCAGCGGCAAGCGGAUGCGGCAUAAGUUAAGGGAUAUCGGGUGCCCGUUUCACGUCUACGCGUCAGCGGUGGAGUACGGGGCUACAUACCGCGUCAAAGUGCGCACGCAUGACAAGCACAACCACCCGAUUGGUCCAGACUCCAUGAAGAUGAUGAGCGGCACGCUGCACGAGUCAGACUAUGAACUAGUGACGCACGAUAUGGACAAUGAAGCGGCGUCGACGCAGCAGAACGCUGAGUCUAGUACGGCGAGCUCUCAUGUGCAUCAAAUAGAGCACGCUAUGUCGUCGGACAGCGCAGCGGAGGUAACACACGCGGCGUAUGAACGACAGAUGAGGGAACAGCUAGCGGAAGCAGAGGCCAAAGUACACGCUCAAGCUCAAGCCCAUGCUCAAGCACAAGCUGAAGCUCAUGCACAGGAUGAAGCUCAGUCACAAGCCUACCAGUAUGCCCAAGCGCAAGUCUUGCUGAAAGCUCAAGCGGAAGCUCAGGUGAUGACUGACGCUCAAUUGCAAGCUCGAGCGCAGGCGAUUCUGCAGGCUCAGCAUAACGACACACCAGGGCAACCCCAACCUGUUGACGCUGCAGAUAUUCUGAGUGCAAGCGCUCACGGUAGUGAGUUGUUGGAUGGAGCGAUUGAUGGUACUAUGGGUGACGAUUUUGAAGAGACGAUGACUCUUGAGUCGCUUCGAAAGCGAAUCGCGGACUUUGCAGACGAACGCGAUUGGAAUGAGUUUCACACGCCACGCAACUUGUUAUUAGCUCUUAACGGCGAGGUGGGUGAGCUUUGUGAGAUCUUUCAGUGGAAGGGCGAGGUUAAGAGCACGGCAGAUUGGUCGCCGCGAGACAAGGAGCACCUUGGCGAGGAAAUUAGCGAUGUGCUGAUUUAUCUGGUGCGACUUGCCGACAAGUGUGACGUGAACCUACCUGCCGCUCUGAACGAUAAAAUUGCCAAGAACGCCAGAAAGUACCCUGCCGAACUGGUGAGAGGAUCAUCGAAGAAGUACAACGAGUACAAGCGGAUGCGGAUAACGGAGGAGUCAACCUUGUAG